GGCGUCCUUGGCCUCGCUGCGGGCGCUGUGCGUUCUGGGGCUUGUAGUCUUUCUGCCGGGGCUCCGGGGCGUGAAGCUGGUUGCUAGGUGACGACGCCCAAACUGCACCCCGGCGCGCAUCCCCGGUCGCGAGUGGUGGCGGAGGUCCUGGCUAAGCUGGAGUGAGGUGGGGACCUGCCUGGAUUCGCGAGACCUGCUGCACCCUCUGCUGUGGCUUCGGGGGAAAGUGGGCCGGGAGGUGCGGCGGCAGGAGUGCCCACGAAGCCGGCCAACAGGCUCCUGCUCUGGGAAGAUGGCCUACUAUGGAAAAUGCAUUGAAACUGUCAUUGAGCAAUUGAACAAAUUUAAGCCUGAGAAGGACAUUCCUGAGCAGUUCCUGGAGGCUGCGUCUACCUCCCUGCAGACACUGAGCCCCCAGAAGCAGGCAUUCAUUUUAGAGGUGCUGUCGGGGUGCCUAGAGUACCGGAAGCUGCUGGCUGUGGUGGUGGAUGCCUUCUACGUGCGGGCCGGCUGGCUCUGCCGACGGGCUGACUACAACCUCUUUGAGGUGAUCUGCUACCUGGCCACGUUCCAGCUGGACGAACUCGGCUUCCAGCUCUUCUCUGACAUCAUCAGGUCUCAGCCCCUGGACAAAAUGUGCAAGUUCCUCGGGUUCUUGUUCAACCCCUUAAGCCUGUGCUCCUGGAUCAAGGACGAAUGGAGCCUCAUCUACGAGACCGCCCAUGUGAGCGAGAACUGGAUCGAUCCCCUGAUGAGAUGGCAGCCAGAGGUCCAGGAGCUGAUCAAGCAGCUGGAGAAAGUGAUGACCAAUCAGUCCCCUCUUCCAAAGACCAAGGCCAAGGUCACAGAGCCCAAGGAGUUCAACCUGACUGUUCCCCGACCCCGUGCCAUUCCAGUGCCUGAGCCGGUCCCUGUCAUGACCAAGCCAAAACCAAUCCCCAGGAGUACCUACCACCCGCCCAAGGAGCAGGAGCAACUAGAGAUGACCAGGAGAUAUAAUCGCUGGAAGGCUGAGGAGCUGCUGCUGAAGGUGAACAUCGAGGAGAUGCGGUGUGCGGUGCCCAGGUCCCGGGGUACGACCCUGGUGCAGGGCUCCGAGAAGAAGCUGCAGCUCCGAUUCAUGCCCAGAAUCCUGAAGACUCCAAAGUUGACAUUCUACAAGCCCAACAAUGUCCCAGUCAAGCUGAACACUGCUGCCAUCCUCCGAGAAGGGUCUUUAUACCAGCGGCAGGUGGAGAAAGAGCUGCAGAGGGUGGAUAAGCUUGUGGAUGGUGCAGGCGACUUCUCUGAGUUUCUUGAGUGGCAGAAGAAGAUGCAGGCGAAGGACCAGGAGGAGGCGCUGGCUGCAGGCGAGUGCCGGAGGCUGCAGGGGAAGCUCAGCCGCGAGGAGGCCAUCCUGGCCCGGCAGCUCCUCAGGCAGGGCAACAAGCAGAAGGCCGACCAGAAGAAGGAGGAGACGGCUGAGCUGAUGCAGCAGUGUGCUGAGAGGCGCCUCCAGGAGGAGAGGUCCAUGAAGGAGCUGGUGGAGCAGGUGAUAGAGGUGCAGAAGAAUGUUAAGGUGGCACAGAUGAAGCUCCUGAAGGGCCGAAGGCAGAUAGUUCAGGAGGUGAUAGAGGAGAGCCGGGAGCUGCUACAGCGCACCGCAGAGGCAGCCAAGGAGGAGCAGAAGCGGCGCUGUGAGCUCAUCGCUCAACAUCGAGCUCUGGAGACACAGCCCAUGCGCAAAGGCAAGCUGGUGGACCUGACCCAGAUCCCUGGAUAUGGCCUGGAAGGGGAGAUGUCUGUGGUGGAGCUUCGAGAGCGGCUGGCCCUGCUCAAGGAGACCCAGCAGCGUAAGGAGGAAGAGAAGCGAGACCAGAUCAUCCAGGCCAAGCGCGCCAGAAGCCAGGGACUGCAGAAUAUGGUGGAGCAAAUCUCACUGUGCCGUGCGGCCAUGGGGAGGUCUGCGGCCUUGAGGUGGGAACAGAAGAAAGCACAGUCCGCGGCCCCGGGGCCGCCGUCCCAGGACCAGCGCGUGCUGGAGCUGCGGCGCAGGAUCGAGGAGAGCGCAGCGGAGCGCCGCAAGCAGGCAGCCUCCGGGCCGAUCUCUGCGCCGCGAGCCCCGCGCCCCAAGCCGCGGCUCCUGAGAACGCCCCGAGCCACCUCUGUCCUGAGUCUGCGUAACCUGUAUGGUGGGGCGUGCGCGUCUGCUUGGAGAAGUGGCCGGGAUGCUGGAGCCACUAGGAAAUGACUUACCUCGAGCAAAGCUCACUGCGGCCAUAGCGGGGGAGGGGGCCCAUGGAGAGGAGCAACUGUCCCCCACCCCCAUUCUGCUGAUGAGGCUGGUAGUCCUCAAAGAGUAAAGUAACCAGCCCUUUAAAAGCCUUGACCUAGGGACGUCUGGGUGGCCCAGUGGUUGAGCGUCUGCCUUCCAAUCGGGCGUGAUCCUGGACUCCCGGCAUCGAGUCCCACAUCAGGCUCCCUGCAUGGAGCCUGCUUUUCCCUCUGCUUAUGUCUCUGCCUCUCUCAU